AUGGAUUCGAUCAUUAUUCAGGAGCGGUUAGUGGAGCGGCUGCUUUCUCCCCGGACGCAGGCACAGCGAAGCCACCCAGCCAAGCUGAAGGACCACGAGAAGCAGUACGUGGGCUUUGCCACUCUGCCGAACCAGGUCCACCGGAAAUCUGUGAAGAAGGGUUUUGACUUCACCCUGAUGGUCGCAGGAGAGUCGGGUCUGGGCAAAUCCACGCUGGUGAAUAGCCUGUUCCUGACAGACCUCUACAAAGACAGAAAGCUCCUCAAUGCAGAGGAGAGAAUCAACCAGACAGUGGAGAUUGUCAAGCACACGGUGGACAUUGAGGAGAAGGGUGUCAAGCUGAAGCUGACUAUAGUGGACACACCAGGCUUUGGAGAUGCUGUUAACAACACUGAGUGCUGGAAGCCCAUCACUGACUACAUUGACCAGCAGUUUGAACAGUAUUUCCGUGAUGAGAGUGGCCUGAACCGGAAGAACAUCCAGGACAACCGAGUGCAUUGUUGCCUCUACUUCAUCUCACCCUUCGGGCAUGGGCUGAGGCCUGUGGAUGUUGAGUUCAUGAAGGCUCUGCAUGAGAAGGUCAACAUUGUGCCCCUGAUUGCCAAAGCUGACUGCCUGAUCCCCUCCGAGAUCCGGAAGCUAAAAGAGAGGAUCCGGGAAGAGAUUGACAAAUUUGGCAUUAAAGUGUACCAGUUUCCUGAGUGUGACUCUGAUGAAGAUGAGGAUUUCAAGCAGCAAGACAGAGAGCUGAAGGAGAGCGCUCCCUUUGCUGUCAUCGGCAGUAACACUGUGGUGGAGGCGAAAGGCCAGCGAGUCCGCGGACGGCUCUACCCCUGGGGCAUUGUGGAAGUGGAAAACCAGGCACACUGCGACUUUGUGAAGCUGCGGAACAUGCUGAUCCGGACACACAUGCACGACCUGAAGGACGUCACUUGUGAUGUCCACUAUGAGAACUACCGAGCUCAGUGCAUCCAGCAAAUGACCAGCAAGCUGACUCAGGACAACAGGAUAGAAAGCCCGAUUCCUAUUCUGCCUCUCCCAACACCAGACACUGAGACAGAGAAGCUGAUCAAAAUGAAGGAUGAGGAGUUACGGCGGAUGCAAGAGAUGCUGCAGAAGAUGCAGCAGCAGAUGCAGGAUCAGUGAGAGGCAGGUACUCGGAGGGCAGAGGGAAUCCCCCA